AUGAGAGUGUUGGAGACCCUGGGACAUGUGGAGAUCACUCUCUUGCCACUGUGGCUGGAAUUAACUCUGUUUCUCUCUGGAUGGCCACGGACUGGCAGAUCCCAAUACCACAGCCCCCCUGAAGUAGUGAUACCUUUGAGAGUCACAGGCACUUACAGUGGUAUGGAUGCUCAAGACUGGAUCUCUUAUAGCCUGCACUUUGGGGGCCAGAGGCACAUUGUCCACAUGAAAGCUAAAAAGAACUUGAUAUCCAGAUCUCUCACUGUGUUCACCUACACUGACCAGGGUGCUCUUCUUGAGGACCAGCCUUUCGUCCGGAAUGACUGCUACUACCAUGGUUAUGUGGAAGGGGACCCAAAAUCUAUGGUUACUCUUAGUAUUUGUCUAGGAAGCUUUCAAGGAAUGCUGCAGAUAAAUGGGGUCACCUAUGAAAUCAGGCCCAAAGUCCUUUCUUCCACCUUUGAACAUCUAGUGUAUAAGAUGGAUAAGGAGGACACACAGAAUAGACCCAUAGAGUGCAGACUAACCGAAGAAGAAAUAACAGAGCAACUGAAGUUUCAAGAGAAAGAUAAUUCCACUUUGAUGCAAAGAUCUUACACAGGGUGGUGGCUCCACCAAUGGUUUCUUGAACUAGCAAUUGUGGUUGAUCAUGGGAGAUUUGUUUUUAGGAACAGUAAUUCAUCAGUUGUGGAAAUGGAUGCUUUCAUGGGAGUCAAUUUAGUAGAUGACAUUUAUAGGUCAAUUAAUAUGAAUGUGGUUCUAAUUGCAUUUGAAGUCUGGAAUGCAGGAAACCCCUUUACAGUAACUACCACACGUCAUAUGAUGGUAGAGUUCUGCAAAUGGAAGAAAUACAGCUUCAAUAAGCGUGUGGAUCAUGACUCUGCACAUAUUAUUGUGAAACAGGAUUUUUGUAUCAACGAUCUUACCAUGUCAUAUUUUUCAGGAGUAUGUAAUAUUAAUUUGAAUUGUGGUGUAGAGUGCAUUAUGGAUGAGGAGUUGUCUUCAUUUAGGACAUAUGUGACACAUGAGAUUGGUCAUGUAUUGGGGAUGAUGGAUGAUGAAGGGACCUAUUGUACGUGUGGGAGAAACACGUGCGUAAUGAACAAAAAGCUAUUACCCUCAGAUGCAUUCAGCAACUGUAGCUAUGAACAAUUUACAGAGACUAUUUCUAAAAAGAAUUGUUUACGAAAUCCCCCAAAUCCAGAAAGUAUUGUUACAAUAAAACGUUGUGGGAAUGGUGUAAUUGAAGAUGAAGAGGAAUGUGACUGUGGUUCCUUAAAAUCGUGUGCCCACGAUGUAUGUUGUUCAGAAAACUGUACUCUGGCAUCUGGGGCAGCAUGUGCUUCUGGGCUGUGUUGCAAAAACUGCCAAUUCCUGCCAUCAGGCACAGUGUGUAGGGAACGUGACAAUCUAUGCGAUCUGCCCGAGUGGUGCAAUGGGAGCUCGGGGGCGUGCCCAGAAGACGUGUAUGUGGAAGAUGGGAUCCACUGUCUGGGCGGGAGUGUCUGCUUUCGUAAGCGAUGCAAUAGCCGUGAUGAGCAGUGCAGAAAAGUUUUUGGUGAAGGAGCCAAGAGUGCAAAUAAGAAUUGCUAUCUAGCAAUGAACACCAGAGGUGACCGCUUUGGUCACUGUGGUUUGAAAAAUACUAAGUAUGUAAGAUGCAAUCAGCAAGACGCUCUGUGCGGGAGAGUGCAGUGUGAGAAUGUGACAGAAGUACCCCGUUUGCACAAUCAUUCUACGGUGCAUUCAACUCACAUUGACGGGUACAGUUGCUGGAGUACUGACUACCAUUUUGGGAUGAGUCCACCUGAUAUUGGUGAGGUGAAGGAUGGUACCGAAUGUGGUUCAGACUUUUUGUGCUUAGAAAGGAAGUGUGUCUUUAUACCACUGUGGAAAGAAUCUUGUAUGGCUACAUUCUGCAAUAAAAGAGGUAUCUGUAACAAUAAACACCACUGCCACUGUAAUGAAUAUUGGGCCCCACCCAAUUGUCUGAAGAAGGGCUAUGGGGGUAGUAUUGACAGUGGGCCACCUCCCCAAAGAAGACCACACCAUAGAAUAAAAGAUAUGAGCAAAAAAGGAGAUAUAUUGCAGAUCUAG